UAAGGCCAGCUAGUAUAUACAUUCCUGUUGAAAUGCUCAGUGUGAGCAGACACAGAGAGCAAGCAGCUCUGUAGUGGCUCCUGUAGUGGUCUAGAAGAAGCUAGACAGAUAGCUGUCCAGGGUCUGUCUCUCUCACACACACAUACACACAAACCCAUCUGUACUCACACAUACAUAAUCUUAUUAAUUUAUCUUUCUCAUUAUCCUAGUUAGUGGGGUGAUUCCUAUAUUGCUGUUUGGAAUUGUCAACAUUACACUUUAGUGUGAAGCAGUGAGAAGCUGCAACAAAGCUAAUCAUUUUAUAUCUAAAGCUUUCAACUUCAAAACCUCACAAAUUAAAUUGAUUUAUUUUAAAACUUGUUAAACUUUCUAUUCAAAAACAUUAGGUGCAUUACACGUUGUGCUUCCUUCUAAGCUUGGGUAACUUAUUUACUUCUGGGUUUCUGUUUAAUGAAUUUUUCUUCCUAUUUACACUAAUGAUGAUGAUGACAAUGAUGGAAAAUUACUUUUAUUGACUGUGUCUGGGGCCAGAAAACCAAUUUACCACAGCAACUGCUACAAUCUUUAAUACUACUGAACAUCGUCUGGAGGAAUUUUCUGACCAGUGACCAGCAACCAAGUAAUCCAACCAGCCUGUGAUUCAACUAUCACCAGCCGGUUUAUUAAAAGCUUGGCUAUAUAUCCUCUCAUCUCUUCUCUACUACUAAUGCAAAAAGAUCAAUGGCCACUUCAACUGUAUUUAUUCAUUAUUAUUUUUAUUGUUAUCAUUACUCUUGACCAAUACACACUACUAAGUUAGAAUUCAGUGAUUAUGAUCAGCUGUUUCACUCUAACUUCCUGCUGGCCACAUAUUUUGGUUGACCAGUUUUAAAAACAAUUGUUGGUGACAUUUUUACCUGUGAUUUGUGUAUGUUUAUAUAUAUAUAUUUAUAUAUAUACACAUACAUAUAAAUAUAUUUUAAAGUAUCGUGAUGGCUUGCCUUGUUCAGAAAUCCUCUUCUGGAGUGGAAUCUAGCAGCUCAUCAAACUGGACCCCCCUCUAUGGGGGAGCACGGUUAGACCAGGAUACCAUCCAGUACUUCCAUAAAUUCUACUGUAAAGAUUGCCGUAUGGAGAAACAAGCUGCUGAGCGUGCCAAAGCAUCGUCAGUAGUGGGGGGAGAGAAUGCACUUGGUGGGACAUCACCAACAGCAGGAUACACCAGUCAACAACCAUCAAGUCCACAAAAUUCUCUGGACGAACUCUCACUACAACAAGCCAUGGAUAAAAAUAAAGAAUGUGGUCUCUUGUCAAAUCAGUUUAAUGGGGCACUGUUGCACAAUGAAGAGAUGCCAGACUCACAAAUGACUUUACUCCAAACUGCCCCAGCAACUAGGUUUGAUGCCACAACAGCAUUGAAGCGCAAGUUGAUGCUUCGGCGAUCUGUUACUGAACUGGUUGACCGAGGCAUUUAUCCACCUCUUAAAACACCUCCUGCAUAUGCAGAACAAAGAAAGCAGCUGGAACGGGCAAAGACUGGAGAUCUUUUACGACACAAAAUACAACAUCGUCCUGACCGAGAAUCUCUUGUAAAUCAACACAUUUUAGAAGAUACAAAUGUAGAUCCAUCACUUCAUGAUCGUCAACGACAGCUAAAAAGAGCCAAGCUAGCUGAUGGACUCAAUGAUAAGCUGUCUCAUCGUCCUGGCCCAUUGGAACUUGUACAGGGCAACAUCCUGCAAGCAAAUGAAGAACUAGCAGAAGCUAUCAAAGGUAUCAAACUGAGGGAUUUAAGCUCAAAGAAGUUUUUAGCAACUGAACAAGAGGGUUUGAUCAAGUUUCAGAAAACCAGUGAUGGUGAUGAAGCUGAAGUAAGACUUACCCAGCACUUUGGAUGUGAAGAAGAGAGCAAUAGUGAUGAACCUCUGUCUCCUACACAAGAAGAAGACUCUAAUCUCUCUGAUAUUGGUAGCCCAGUGUCCAAUAUUACUGGCACCAUAGAUUUUGGCAUUUUACGUACAAGAACCCCUGGUCAAAACCAGACAUCAUCUUCCACAAAAGCAACUGUAACUAUACCACCUGGUCAACCUUAUGCAGUUCCUUCUGGGCCCUCUGCUUUAGCAAACCGGCACACAGCUACUACUUCUCGAAAUGGUAAUUCCAAUAGCGGUCAACACAAAUCACGGCCCAAAAAGCCCAAACCAAAAACACAACCUAAAGCUAAAGUUAUCAAAUUCCAUGAAUACAAGGGUCCACCAAAUAUUGUGAAAAACAUUCAAAAUGCAGCACAAAAUUUGGCUAAUAAUUCUGAAACUCCUUACCAUAUUCUUCUUCAACAACAGCAACUAUUUCUUCAAUGGCAGCUGCAGUUUCAACAGAAAAAGAUUUUGUCCAACUCGACUGCGUCCAGCUCUAAAGGGAGUGAAAAUCAGGGAACAUCUUCUGCCCCUCACAGUUCCUCUGGCAACAUGGUUAUGACUGGUUCCACCACAUCACCAGCUAAUGCAGCCAGCGUCACUGCUUCCACAAGUCAACCAAGUCCAUCACCUCCACUGUUGCAGCAAAGACCGACACCAUCACACACUCCACAGCCACAAUCAACAAAUCCUCACCACCAUCAUCACCACCACCAUCACCAUCAUCACCAUCAACAGCAGCAGCAGCAGCAGCAACAACAACAAAAACAACAGCAACAAAAGCAUCAGCAGAUAAGCUUAUUAUCCCAAAACCAAGCCCAUCCAUCCUCACUCCCACAAGUGUCUCCAGCUUCUUCCCCAUCACAAAAGACUGUAACUUCCAUCACUGCACCAACAACAACCAAAUCACUCUCCAAUCUAGAAGACAUGAAAGUUGCUGAUUUAAGGGCAGAGCUAAAAAAGCGAAACUUGACUGUGUCUGGUUCGAAACCACAAUUGAUAGAACGCCUUCGUAAUUAUUUGGAGAUUAAGUCCAACAACACAAACCCAACAGUAACCAAUACUUUACUGGAUAGUAAUAGUAACCUUUCUCUGCAAGGAGUUCAAGCCCUGAUAUACUCUCCAGAAGAGUCCAUGGUUACAAAUAUUACCCCUCCAAGUUCUCCUAAUUGUAAAGACAACUCAAACAAGUUAUCUACAAUCUCUUUCGAUAAGAUGGAGAUAUUGUCUAGCAACUUUCUUCUCCAGAAGAAUCAUCUUAACAGCAACACCAUGAAUAGCAACAGUAACAACAACAACAGCAGCAACAAUAACAAUAGCAGCAGUAGUAGUAGUAAUGGUAGCAGUUCUGUGCCAAUGACAGUGGAUUCUGUGUCAAGACCACCUUCUGUAGCACCAAAUGAAAAUGCACCAAUGGAUGUUGACCAAGGGACUUCUCUUUCAGCAGAGCUAUCUCCCAAUGUCAAUGGUGGGUCCAAAGCAGUUGGGGUGGUCUCUCCACAACAGCAGCAGCUACCAGUUCAAACUCAAGCUCAACAGAGAAAUAUUCUGGGCCAGGAAGAACUGGUUAAGCAACAACAGAAAACAAUUGAAGCUCUUCAGCGCCAGUUGCAUGAGUCACAAAUGCAAUUGCAGUUACAACUUCAGCAACAACAGUUAAAACUGCAGCAGCAGCAACAACAACAACAACACAUCAAUGUAUUAAAACAACAACCGCCAUCGCCUCAACAAGUAAUGGCGGUGCACUCACCACCUCAGGUGGUCAGCGUACAAUCUCCACCACAGGUUAUGAGUGUUCAUUCACCACCUCAGGUAAUGGCUCUACAUUCUCCUUCUAGCAUGAUGGCUGUCCAGUCACCACAAAUGAUGAAUGUCCACAGUCCUUCCCAAAUUAUAAAUGUCCAAUCUCCAACACAGAUUCUCAAUGUUCAGUCACCGAGUCAGGUGAUCAACCCACAGUCCCCUCCUCAACAUGUCAUCACUGCUCAGUCCCCUCCUCAAAUUCUAAAUGUCAUGAACAUCACUGCUGCUGACUCCAAAGUGCCUAUGGCUCCUGCCCUCCCUCACACAUCGCCAUUGCAGGUACAACAAUCUCUCAAAUCUCUUGGACUAACCCCAAUUCCGAUCUCAGCUCACUUACUUCAGACAUCAUCUCCCAGUGUACAACCAACCCAAAGUCUACCUGCAGUGAUUGUGACUACUUCAACUGCCACUACCGAUAUCAAACCCAACUUUGAUGAAUUAUUUGGCAGUCCUCAACCACAGUUGAGUCCUGCCAGUCCUGUUGAGCUGGCUAAUCUGGCUUUGAACUAUUCCACUUCACCAGCAUCUGUAUCGCCAUUCCUGAUUAGUGUAUCAAAAGACAGCUCAAGGGAAGGAAGUCCAUCUCCAAAAGGUUUCAUAGGUAGUCCCAGUAGCGUUAGUAUAUCUCCUGUCACCUCUACAUCAGCAAGCCAGGAGUCAACUACUGACAGUACAGUAGCCAGCACAAACUUAACCAAUCAACCUGCAGCUAACAACGAAGUUAAUCCUGCAACUGGCUCUUUUUUCUCCAUCCCAAUGAGACAACCUCCAAAAUAUGAUGAGGCUGUUAAGAAAAAACAUCAACUUUCUCAGACUCCAGUGUUUGUAACUUUGCAAGAUGGCGCUGUGGCAGCUAAUGGUCUGGCCCAAAACCCCGCUCCAGCCAUGGUUGCAAAUGAAGCUGGCGCCAACAAUCUCAACAUCAAUGUAUCAACCAAGAGUCAAGCUAUGGAUGAUGUUUUAGAAAUAUUGAUUAGAAAUGGAGAACUUCCUCCAAGUGCAGCACAAGAACCCCCUCCAACACCAAAAACAACAAGCCAGACGCCAACAACAUCAACGAUUACUGUAACCCAAGUUGUUGCCACCAGCAGCAGCACAAGUUCAGCAUUUUCUGUGGCUACGAUGUUAAUGCCAUCACCAUCAUUGCCACUCCACAACAAUGUAUCUACAACAGCUGUUAAUCAGCGACCUGUGGUGUCAGUGUUGGCACCAGUCUUGAUAAAACAAGAACCUGAUAUUUCAUCAUCGCCACCAACCUUAACUUGUGAUGGAACCAGCCACGAAUUUGUUGAUAUUAAUGACGUUCUUAGCCAAGAUUUUAACAAUAUGGACUGGACAUCAGACAACAGCUUCCCCAGCUUGGAUCUUCCAGAUAUCUUUACUGAUCAGAAAAUGACCAACUCUAGUGUGCCAAUAAUUAAUAAAAUAGAUGCUGCCAACCCCGGUUCUUCAUCAGAUUUAGAUGUACUGAAUUUACCACAAGACUCAGAAACCUCUUGCAACAUGCAAAUAGAUGUAUCGGACUGGUUGGAUGCUUCCUUCUCUUCAGCAUCACUCAACACACCCAUCUCUUUCACAUCAUCAGACCCAAUUCUAACACCCAAAACACAACAAGAUGUUUUAUUUAAUUUUGUCGAAGCUGAUUUCUCAAGUGUUUCUGAUACUCAGUGUGGUAUGGAUUAGGCUAAGCGAACAAAUCUGUUAAUAAUUUGAAAUCGGUCGCCAAUGGUUUGAAUGGUGAGUUUUAGUCAUGAAUUAAACACACAUUUAACUAUCUUGGCUCUACUUCCAAGAUUGAACCAGUUGGCAGCAGGAUAAAGAUAGCCUGCGAUAAUUAUCAGAAGAGCUGUGUGUUUGAUCUGCCAGCACAGCCAUGGAGAUCACUGUAUAACUGCAUUAACUAAUACAGCACAUUGGAAUGUCGUUCACUGAACCUCAUAUACACUCACAUAAUUUUAGUACAUCCUGCCUAGAAAGUGGAGGAGGGAGAGGUUUGGAGUUCAUCACAAGAACAUAUUCUCUUACCCAUUGGCUAAAUUCUGGUACAUAAAAAUCUGGUUUUUGUUUUUGAGAGGAGUACAAUCCUUUGUGGAAUUAACUCUAGCUUUGGAGAAAUUCAUACUAGAAAGUUUUUGAUUGCUCCAAAGGAGAAGUUUCUUCAGUAGAAGAGAAACCAUUCUUUUUCUUUUAUUAUCAUUAUUUUUUUUAAUACUUCUUUCUGAAUUCCUCCCAAAUUCCUCUUGCUUGUAAUCUAGAUGCAAAAAAAAAAAUCACUGUUUUACAAAUUUCUGUUUAGCUUUCUCUGACUUAUUGACUUUUAAAAUUUAAAAACAGAAAACAACACUCCCCCACCCAACAAAAAAAAAACUGAACUUGAGAUUUUAAUGGUCCACUGCCCUUCUUCACUCAAUGUGUCCUUCCUCUUCUUUCCUCAUUGCACAAAUUAAUCACUUGAUAACUGUUCAAUUUUGGCUCUUGCCCUUGCUCUUCCUUCCUUCUUUCUCUCCCAAUCUUCAUAGUUGACUGCUGGGAAGUAUCUGUUAUGGGGGAGACUUUACUAUGCUCUCCUUCUUUUCUUUGUUUUACUCAAUAUACUAAAUUACCAGCUUUAUUCAGUGGGAACGACUUGUAUUUUUUUGUACAUGUAAGGUUUAAUGAUCAAUGCUAAAUAGUAAAAAAAAAUGGUAAAAAACAUUGCAUUUUUGGUGAAGUUUAGGGAAUGGGGGAUAUUGUGUACUGACAUGCAUGUACACACCUACAUGACUACACACAUUCACACAACCAGACAUCAAUCAAUGCAUACACAUUCAAACCCAGCUCUUCAAAGUUCUCUUUCUGUUGACACCUGAACACCCACAUAAGCAUACACACACACACACACACACACACACACACACACAUUGGGUGCAUCUACACAGUAGCUGAUAUUGAAGAAAGCUGCUAUGUCCCAAACUGAUAAUUUCCCAAAGAAACUUUGGAAACUGUUUCUGUGAAAUGGUCAACAAAGCACAAAUGUAUUUGUGAUACCAGGACCAACAAGUGUGUAUAAUAAACAGGAGAAAAUAUAUAAUAAUAAUAAUAAUAAUAAUAAUAAUAAUAAUAAUAAGGUGGAACUAACAAAAAGAUAAAAAUUGAAAAACUCUAUCACUAUUAUGAAUGUUGAUUUAAGUUAUGAGUGCGAAUGCAAGUGAAGUCUGAUUUAAAAACAAAAUUACCAACAAAAAAAAAACAAAAAGAGAAAAACCUUCCCUAUAACAACCACAAAAAAA